AACGCAAUGCAGCCAACCUAUGACAACUUCCUUCUUUUUCGGUCUUUUCGACAUACAACGUGUAGAUCAAUAGAAAGAUGCCUGCUGUGGCAAAGGAUGCUUCGGCACCAAAGGUGUCGGAUGAGAAGAAGGUCAAAGUGGCCAAAAAGGAGAAGAAACUACCUGCGGUGCCUGAAUCCAAACUGAAAGCCAGCAGAGCGAAGGCAAUUGCUCAACCAGGACGUUUACGUCGCACCCGUAAACUGCAGGCCGUCAAGUUGGUUCGACGUCGUCAGAAUCUGCUUCGUGCGGCUAAAUACGCCAAGAAAUAUCUGAAACUAGAAAAGGAAGUGGUGGAAAAGGCUCGCGAGGCUAAGAAAGCCGGCAACAUUUACAUUCCGGCUGAGCCGAAGGUUGCUUUCGUCGUUCGUAUCCGAGGUAUCAACAAGGUGGCUCCGAAGGUCCGUAAAGUGCUGCAACUGUUCCGUUUGCGACAGAUAAACAAUGCCACAUUCGUGAAGCUGAACAAAGCUACCAAGAAUAUGCUGCGCAUUGCCGAACCUUAUAUUACCUAUGGAUACCCCACUCUGAAGUCGGUCCGUAAUUUAAUCUACAAGCGUGGAUUCGUGAAGCACCGACACAGCCGCAUUCCAAUCACCGACAACUUCGUGAUUGAACGCAAGCUGCGUGCUGGCUAUAAACUGCAGUGCGUGGAAGAUUUGGUGUACCAGAUCUACACUGCCGGUACUCUGUUCCGCAAGGUCAACAACUUCCUGUGGCCGUUCAAGCUAAACACCCCAACCGGUGGUUGGCGCAAGAAGAAUAACCACUACGUCGAGGGUGGAGAUUUUGGCAACCGUGAAGAUAAGAUCAAUGAACUUAUCAGUCGUAUGGUUUAAGUUAGACGUUCGAAGUAAUUGAGAGAGCGUGUUAAUAAAACAAUAUUAAAAAACUGAAAAA